UGAUAUCUCUCUAAAUUGUGUUUAUAAGAUUUAAUAUUUCCCUCCAGGUCUGUUUCCUCCAGCACGUCCUCUCCUGUUGACUGUAACACCUAAACCUCCCUCUCCUCUAACUCCCCUCAGAGCCGUCGUUAAUCUGCAGCGUUUGAGCUCUUAGUUUGACUGGAAUGUGCCCGAGUGUUUGGGCCAAACUGUCCAAACACUUUACAGCAAAAACCAGCAGAUCACCGAGCGAACUGACCCAGCUGUAGGACGAUCAGGAGACGCGUGGAUCUUUAAUCUUUCUGGUUCAUCGGUUUGAUUUGACUGGAUAGCUGUGAUGAAUCAAAGCAAGGUGGAUUUUGAGCCAUUUGAAUAUUCCUACUAUGACUAUUCGGACUGGUACUCGAACAAUGCAGAGCCAACAAAACCACCUAAAGAAGUUAUCUUACCAUGUGACCCCACAGUGGACGACAAGCUCUUCAACAUAUGCAUGGUAUCAGCAUCUCUGGUGGCCAUGUUGAUCCUGGCAGUGCUGGCCAGGAAAAACAAAUUCUGCCAAGGAUUCACCCGAGGGUCCUCCAGUAUCUUCAGUCCAGCCAACUUCCUGGACCAGACUCAGCACAAAGGUGUGGCCAUGGCUGUUUUUGGACUGGUGUUCAGCAAGCUGUCCAUGUUAGUGAUCGCCCCGGAUCCUCUACCUUUCAUCAAAGACACAACAGCUGAGAGUAAAGAGUACAUGAAGAUAAUGGCCAUUUUCUACUACCCUCUCCUGUACUUUCCCCUGAUGGUCUGCGGCACUCUGCAGCACAAAGUGGGUUACGUGGUGGGAGUGCUGCUGUCCUUCGGUCAUUUCGGGGUCCUGGUGUGGCAGAAGUUCGACUGUCCAAAGACUCCAGAGAUCUACAAGUUCUACGCUCUGCUGGCCAGUCUGCCUCAGAUGGGCUGCCUCGCCUAUCUCUGUGUCCAGUUUAUGAUUCUGUUCGUCAAAGGACCAAAGACUGACGAGGACCUGGACAGCAGCUACUACACCGUGUAUGUGAAGAUGAUUCUCAGGAAAAAAUCCUCAACUGCCAGCUCUUCAACUGCAGACAAACAGACCCUGUUAAAGAGAAUUCUGGAGGUUCCCAAGAGUUAUAUCUAUAUACCAGACAAAGUGUUUCGUUUUCCGCUGAAGCUGGCCGUAUCUGCAUUUGUUUCCUUUGUGGCAAUUUAUCAAACGGCGUUGUUGUUAGUCGUCUUGGUGGUCCCUGUUCUCCACAUCGUGCGUGCGGGUAUCGAUGAAAACAUCGCCUUCCUGAUGCUUGGGUUUGGCAUCAUCCUGUCAGAUGACAGAAUGGAGGUUGUCAGAAUCGUGACCUUCUACACUUGGUUGCUUGAAGUGUGCUACCUGUGUGCACUGACUCUGUCCCUCUUGGUCAGUCUCGUCAUGCUCAUGAAGUCCAUGAUCUGUCACAGGACGAACCUGAAAGGACUGUACAAAGGAGAAAUCUACAGCAUUUAUAACAGCAAGAAGACUAUUCGACCAUCCAGACCUGGGAUUGUGUGUUGGAUGGGUUUGGCAGGAUACCAGGCUGCAGUCAUCUGUGUUGGAAUGGCCAUCCAGACUGUGGUGUUUUUCAUCUGCUUCUUGUUCCUGGUGUUUUUGAUGAUAGUUCCUGUUUUUUAUGGCCGUAAUCUCUUCGUCUUUGAAAUAUUGGGAAGAGCUUGGCCAGCCUGGGUCACUCUGCUGCUGGUCUCCGCUCUUCAACAUGUGACCGCUAAGUUUGCGUUUAUCAAGAGGGAAGCUGGAACAAGAGACUUGAACAACAGAGAGAGUCUGUUCCUCCUGACAUACCUGCUCUUCCUGAUCAACACUGUGAUGGGUCUGAUUGUGGCAAUAUGGAGGGUGGUGAUCACUUCUCUGUACAACAUCAUACAUCUGGGACGUGUUGACCUCAGUCUGCUGCACCGCACCUCAGAGGCCUACGACCCAGCUUACAGUUACUACACCAACGCCCUGAGGGUGGAGAUAAGCCAGUCCCAUCCGGUGAUGAAGGCUUUCUGCGGGCUGCUGCUGGACCUGAUGAUGGAGGGUGGAGGAGUCAGACAGAAAGUGAAGGACGCAGAGGAAGGAGUUCAGGAGAACGGCCCGAGCAAGGCGAACAACUCCAGAAGGAUCCGCUCUCGCUGGCAGCUCAUGUACACGCUGGUCCACAACCCCUCCCUGCUGGGCUUCAGGAAGCACUUCCAAACGUCUCAGACCGCUGAGAGCAUCCUGAACGGAACCCCAAACCACACCGCCAAGACGAGCAGCAAGAGGGAGGCAGACAAACCCGCCGCUGAGCUGGACCAGUCCACUGAGACCCAGGAGAAAACUGAUUGAGAGCCAUGAUUCAUAAAGUGUGGCUGGAAGUGUACUCCAAACAAGAUCCUAUUCGGCAUGUGCAUCACUGUGACAUUUAUUACUUUACUUAGCUUGUGGGAGAGAUCAAUUAAGCGGCAAAUAUAGUCAAGAUGUUUUAAGUUAACAUUCAGAUACAUUUGAUUCAUGCAAAAUGCUUGAUGAUCUUUUGUUUGCUUGCAGUUAAACCUGAAUUUUUUUGGUGUUUGAACACAUCAGAUGUGAUCUUGUUUGGAGUACACUGUCACCCUUGUUGAAAUAGAUCUAGAUUUUUAUAAAGUCCUGGUUAUAACACUAGAAUACCAAAAUAUUGGUGGAGGUUUGUCCAAAGAGUCUCUAACACAGGCCACUAAACACAAACAGCAUGUUUGUCUCUGCUAUAAAAUGAUUGCUAAGCUUCAAAUGUGCUUCUACAAGUUACAGAGAGAUGAUUGUGUGGAUCAAAAAGAAGAGUAAAUAUUCCCUCUUGGGUUAGUUGUGCAUAACACUGUUUCCUGCUGUAUGAGUUCACCUGCAAAAUUUGCCCUUCAGUAAACAGAACGCUGCUGCUUGA